UAUAUUAUACAUAUUUUUGUGUUUAUCCGACGCGCUACCGCUUCGGUGUGUUUGCCUUGUGACUCAGUUUUUUUGUCUUUUUUUAUCAGUUUCGCUCUUUUUUCAGAAAUCUGUGAUGCGAAUUUUUAGUUUCGGGAUUGUUUUCUAAAUUGUCACUUUUGUCGGUGUUGGUUUCGAGAAGAGGACAUUUUCGAGUACAGUUUGCAAUCAUGUUUUGGCCCUGGAGUAAGAAGAAAACGUUACCUUUUCCUGAAGGACCAUUCAUCACAGGAUGUGUAGAUGUUAUGGAUAACUGUUCAAAAGAUUCUCUAUUCGUUCGUCUGAUUUAUCCAACGGAUGCCAAUAUACACUAUUUAGAUAAAAAUAGUCACAGAUGGGUGCCUUGGUUUCCGGAAGACAAAUACAUCGAAUCUUUCUCAAUUUUACUAAAUCUUUGGCUAGUGGUUUUACGAUUCAUAUUGUGGCUUAUGGGCAAAGAUGUUUACAUUCCUACCCUAUGGGAAGAACCGGUCACAAAUCAGGUGAAAAAGCUUCGAGUGGUGGUCUUCUCACAUGGCUAUGGUGCGACCAGAUUCCUAUGUUCGACCAUAUGCAACGAAUUAGCAUCCAGAGGAUAUCUAGUCGUAUGCUUAGAGCACAGAGACGAGUCGGCCAGUUUGACGUAUUAUUAUGCAUCGGAGAGUGCUCGAAAUCGAGAUGAACGAACCUACAUACUGGCCAAACCAUUUGUAGCCAUGGAUAUGCAACAUUACCUAUUAAGAAAUGGGCAGAUGAAAUACAGAAGUUACGAGUGUAGCAAAGUUCUUCAAUUAUUGAGCCAAAUAAAUAACGGAAGUUUUCAAAACAAGUUCAGAAGUAAUUUCGAUUUGAGCUGUUUCAAGGAUAAAAUAGAUUUAUCUGAUCCAGUUCUUAUGGGACAUUCUUUUGGGGGAGCUACGUCCAUUUAUGCGCUUGCUAAGGAUGAUCGAUUCAAGCUUGGGAUCAUUUUAGACGGUUGGAUGUUCCCAUUGAAGAACGAACUGCAUAUGAACGUGAAUAAACCAUUGUUAUUCAUUAAUUCGCAAACUUUCAGCAUAAACGCCAACAUCCAAAUGAUGAGGACGUUCUCAACCUUACCUCAGAGUACACUUUAUACCAUUAGAAAUACAACCCACGAGAGUCACACCGAUACUCCCAUCGUGUUUGGAUACUGGUUGAAUUUCAUGAUGAAGAAACUAAACUCCAAUGUUGCGUUGAAAAUUCAAAAUUAUCUCGUAUUGGAUUUUCUACAUAAAUACCACGGUCUGCAAUUGGACGAAAAUCAAAUCGAACGUUACCUCUCGUUUCAAAGUGAAAACAUCGUCAAAGAUUACAUACUUCAUAGUACCCAAGGAAAGAAACAUUUCACUAUGUGGUGAUGAUAUUGUGAUAACACUAUGAGUGAAAUAUUACAAGCUGUGACUUAAAUCCUACAACGAGAAUUGAAAACAGUAUUUUGAAUGCUAGAUUGUUCUACGAUGACGUAAAAAUGUGAUAAAUUUACCUAACUUAACGAAGCAUUUUUUUCUUCUUUUUUUGUUUUCUCUCUAUUCUUUUUACAUUUUUAUGUACCUACUUAUAGCCUAGGUACGUAAUUCAUUGUUUUUUGUUAUUCAUAUUUUACCAUUUAUUUCGGCGUGUUAUUAUUUUAUUUUUUAUUUUUUACUUUUAUUUUGUUAUUUUUACGUGUUUGAAUAUAUUUUGAGUGAGUUU